AUGGGCCUGUGUUCAAAUCCCGAGCCUUGUGGAGCUACUGUUGUUUUACUUGUUUUCGCUUCAUUAAUCUGGUUGCUUGGAUCCACUCUUUCUCUUAUUUGGGCUAUUUCUGCAAAAAGAGGCCUAAAUGCUGGAGAACAAGGGCAAUACAGAACUCUUCUUGUGCUCAAAUUUGUCCUGAUUCUGCUUUCCUUCGAUUUUUUGAACGCUUUCGUUGGUAAUGUCCUCCUUUCGCUGAGAAUAACAGGAGUGAUUACUGGAAUUGGCGACGCUAUUUUCAUCGGUUCUGAAAUUGCUCUGCUGACCGCUCCGGCUGUGACUUUGAGCUUUAUUGGAAUUUACAGACUUCAAGCUUCACGUGAUGUCGCUGGUUUAACAUUCGACGCCGGGCUUGGAAUCGGAACAAUACUUUCUCUUUCACUUGCUACUUGCAUUUGCUCAGGCUUUUUACGAUCUGAGCACGAAGAUUUCGCAUUUGUCAUUCCUGCAGUUAUGAGCUUGAUAUCAAUUGCUGGCAACGGAGUUUGCUCGUAUCUAACUCACCAGAACAUCAUCAAAAGAUUUCCGACUGAGCGAGAUUUGAGCUUCCGCCGCCUUGCAAUCUCGGUCGGCUUUCAAGCUGUUUUAUCCAUUCCAUUCAUCGUUACUUCUUUUGGCUGGCUCUACGGUGGAGCACCUUUGGACGUCGAUUUUACAAUGACUUCACUGCGACUUUCAUCCAUCACAAAUGGCUUUAUCUACGGCUGGACAAACCGUCGAGCUCUACCUUAUUUUCGAAAGCUUCUUCGACUCAAAGAGUUUGAGGCUCUUCCCCGGGCUUCUGCGAUCGAAGUGCCUAAAUCGCCCGUUCCAAGUGUUUCUGGACAAAUUAACGCUGCGUUCAAAGAUGAAGUUUUAUAA